AUGGACGCAGAACGGUCAAGUCUCGACAAACAGCAGGAGUUUAUUGAAACUGAGGAAGCCGGUCCUUCCAAGCCUUUUGGCAACAAUGAAACCGCCAUGCCUCCAGCCCUCGCGGCUCUCAGCGAGGAAGAGUUUGAACAGGUGAAGAAAUCCGCCGUCCGAAAACUAGAUCUUCGUAUCAUGCCUGCCGUUGUGUUGAUGUAUAUCUUGAACUAUCUGGAUCGUCAAAACAUCGCCAGUGCCAAAUUGGCCAAUCUGGUGCAGGACUUGAACAUGACUAGCGUUCAGUACCAGACUGCUGUCAGUCUGUUGUUUGCCGGUUACAUCACCAUGCAGGUCCCUUCAAACAUGAUUGCAAGUAAAAUCACAUGGCCUGGUAUCUACAUCAAUAUCGCAAUGGCGGUCUGGGGAGCCAUCUCGGCCUGUACCGCUGCAGUCACAAGCUUUUCCGGCCUCGUAGCAGCGCGAUUCUUUCUCGGAGUUGUUGAGGCUGCUUUCCUGCCGGGUGUUGUUUACUACAUUUCGCUGUUCUACAACCGACAACAAAUGACCCUCCGCACCGCCAUUUUCUACUCCGGUUCACAGAUUGGAAAUGCUGUCGGUCCUUUGAUUGCUAUUGGAGUGUUGAACCUAGAUGGUAAACAAGGAAUCGCCGGAUGGCGAUGGUUGUUUAUCAUUGAGGGAGUUAUAACCAUUUUCUUUUCGAUUGUGUUUGCCAUUAUCCUACCUCAUUCUUUGCAAACGAUUCGAGGAUUUACGGAACUCGAGCAUGAGUUCUUGCAGUACAACUAUGCCAAGGAUAUUGGACAACAGGAUCAUAAGGAUGAGGCGAGUGCAUGGAAAGGUCUCAAACUUGCUGUUUCGGACCCUAAGACGUGGUUGCUCAUGGCCACUUUGUGGGCUACAUAUGUGUCCGCUGCUGUGGUGAAUUGGUUCCCAUCAGUUGUUGCAACCUUGGGAUACUCGCGCAACACGACAUACGGUCUCACUGCGCCGCCCUAUAUCCUCUGUUCUAUUGUCAUUUGUAUCGUUGGUUUCCAUUCAGAUAAGAAACAAGAACGAUUCCUUCAUGUCGUUAUUCCUCUGGUAGUGGCUGUGAUUGCAAAUAUUGUCGCGGUUUCCUCCUUGAACACAGGCGCUCGAUACUUUGCGAUGAUGCUCAUGCCCGGAAGUUGUUAUUCGGCUUCUAUUGUCAUCCUAUCAUGGAUUACGGGUACUCUGUCCCAGCCCGCCGUCAAACGUGCUUCGGCUAUUGCUCUAAUCAACGCCGUGUGCAACACCCCUAACAUCUGGACAUCAUACAUCUACUAUGGCGCACCUCGCUACCUCGCCGCCUUCCUGCUGAACAUGUCCAUGGCUGCGCUAGCCAUUGUCUUUGCAUUCGUAUUGCACAUGUACCUGCGACGGGAGAAUGCCAAGUUGGACCGAGGCGAGGACCCAGGCAAGCACGGUCCUACUGCUGCUCAACAGGCUGCUGGAUUUAGGUAUUUGGUUUAG